AUGGAACCACAAAAUUGUAAUUAAUCUAGUUUAUAAAUUAGCAAUAAAUAAAUCAGCAAUUGAAGGUUUUGAGAACUUAUUAUUAACAUAAACUUAAUUUACUACAUAAAAGAAGAAAGUCUUUUUAGAAGAUAACUUAAAAUAUGGAAAAGAAAUUGAAAGAGAUUACAAUAAAUUACAAGAUAUAAUUGAUGUAUGAUAAAUAUAGAAAAUUGAUUAGAAUUUAUAAGGCAAAGUUGAUAAAAUUAUAAAGUCAUAAGAAGAUGAUUUUAUGAUUGCAUAUAAGGAACAAAUGACUGAAAUAUAAAAAGAAUUAAAGGCUAUGAAAAGAAAGAUUGAUGAAGAGGCAUUACGAUAGAAAGCUGAUGAAAAAAAAAGAAUCUUAGAGGAAGAAAGAGAUUAUUUUAGAGAAGAAGCAUUAAGAUUAGAUAAAUUAUGUUAAGAACAAUUAAGAACUAUAGAAGAAUUAAAAUUUAAAUUAAAAAUAACUUUAGAGGAAAAAUAAUAUUAUGAAGGCUUUGUUAUUGGUAUAAUAAUAGAAUAAAGAAUAUAUAGAUUCUAAAAAAGAAAAUAAAGCUUUAAAAUAUGAACUUCUUUAUUUAUAUAAAUAGAAGAGUGAAGAAUAAAAAAGUGGUUAAAGAGUAGGUUCAGUUGGAAAUAUAAAUCAAAGAACAGUUAUCAAAAAAAAUAUUGAUUAUAGACCAUUUACUUAAGAAGGAACUCAAAUUUCUGCCACUAAAGAUGAAUUAGGUGAAGGAUCAAAGAGAGAUUUCUCAUCUGUUAAAUAAGGAUACAAAACACAAUUAUCAAGCAAAGUAUAAGAUUAAGCAUCAACUUAACAUGAAUUUUUUAGAAGAGAAUUAUCUUCCCAUUAAUAAAGUAGAUAUAAUUAAGAUAUUCAAUAAGUAUUAAUUUAUAUAUAUUAGAUCGAAGAAACUACAAAAAAAGAACAAAUUUAAGAACUUAAAUCAUAAUUAUAAAAAGAAAAAUAAAUUACUUAAUAAUUAAAAGUUGAGCUCUCGAAACAAAAUUGCUAAAAAGGAGAAUUAGAAUAGAUAUUAUUAGAGUGUGUAAAUGAAAUGAAAAAAGAAGUUCAUUAUCGUUAAAAUUAAUAAAGAUAAUUGUUAAAUCAUAGAUUUUCUGAUUCAUAAAUUAAUUUUGAUGGUGAAAUGAAUUUCUCUUAAUUUACUCAUACUGAUAAAAUGUAUAAUGAUUAAUUAAUUAUAGAUAAUUAUUAAAACGAUAUAUUGGGAGUGAGGAAUUCUUAGAUCAAUUAUAUCAAAUUACAUUCAACAAUUAAAUGUAAUUAUCUACUUCUUUAAAAUUGAAUGAGAAAUGGAAAAUGGAUGCGGAUGAAGCUACAAAAAAAUUUAAUAAUUUUAAAUCAUUUAAAUUUAAAAAUAUAACAAGCCAACGUAAGAUAUUAUUAUUAUAACUUUUAUAGCAAUUUUAAAAACAUCUCUUAUAAAAAGGCAGGACAAAGAAAUUGUUCAAAUUUCUAAUAAUUUCACUGAAAAAACCAAAGGACUUAUUGAUAAAAUCAUUAAAAGUUGAUC